AUGGCUACUUCAGAGACGUUGAGGCCAACACCUGCUAGAGAUGCUCUACAAAUUGCAAGGCCUGUACUUCUAGAGCUUUCGCUGAUUGCUUGCGCUACUGGAUACUCUGGAGCUGGAACUUGCAACACAUGCACCGAUGGCUACUUCAGACCACUGAAGCAACACCUGCGAGCAUGCUCUACAAAUUGCAAGGCCUGUACUUCUAGUGCUUUCGCUGAUUGUACUACUUGUCUUCCGGCUACUUCAAAGACAGUGAGAGCAGCAGCUGCAAGCAAUGCCCAACAAAGUGCACUACCUGCACCGAUGCAAGUAACUGCGGUAGCUGCGCGACUGGAUUCAGUGGAGCUACCUGCCAGGCUUGUGCUACUGGAUACUCUGGAGCUGGAACUUGCGACACAUGCACCGAUGGCUACUUCAGACCCACUGGAAGCAACACCUGCGAGUUGUCUUUCCGGCUACUUCAAAGACAGUGAGAGCAGCAGCUGCAAGCAAUGCCCAACAAAGUGCAUUACCUGCACCGAUGCAACUCACUGCGGUAGCUGCAGACUGGAUUCAGUGGAGCUACCUGCGAGGCUUGUGCUACUGGAUACUCUGGAGCUGGAACUUGCGACACAUGCACUGAUGGCUACUUCAAAAACAGUGACAGCAAUACAUGCGAUAGAUGCUCUACAAAUUGCAAGGCCUGUACUUCUAGUGCUUUCGCUGAUUGUACUACUUGCUUUGACGGCUACUUCAAAGAUAGUGAGAGCAGCAGCUGCAAGCAAUGCCCAACAAAGUGCAAUACCUGUACCGAUGCAAGUCUGUACUUCCAGUGCUUUCGCUGAUUGUACUAGUUGUCUUUCCGGCUACUUCAAAGAUAGUGAUAGCAGCAGCUGCAAGCAAUGCCCAACAAAGUGCAAUACCUGCACCGAUGCAAGUAACUGCGGUAGCUGCGUGACUGGAUUCAGUGGAGCUACCUGCGAGGCUUGCGCUACUGGAUACUCUGGAGCUGGAACUUGCGACACAUGCACCGAUGGCUACUUCAGAAACAGUGACAGCAAUACAUGCGAUAGAUGCUCUACAAAUUGCAAGGUCUGUACUUCCAGUGCUUUCGCUGAUUGUACUAGUUGUCUUUCCGGCUACUUCAAAGAUAGUGAUAGCAGCAGCUGCAAGCAAUGCCCAACAAAGUGCAAUACCUGCACCGAUGCAAGUAACUGCGGUAGCUGCGUGACUGGAUUCGAUGGACCUACCUGCGAGGCUUGCGCUACUGGAUACUCUGGAGCUGGAACUUGCGACACAUGCACCGAUGGCUACUUCAGAAACAGUGACAGCAAUACAUGCGAUAGAUGCUCUACAAAUUGCAAGGCCUAUAGUGAUAGCAGCAGCUGCAAGCAAUGCCCAACAAAGUGCAAUACCUGCACCGAUGCAAGUAACUGCGGUAGCUGCGUGACUGGAUUCAGUGGAGCUACCUGCGAGGCUUGCGCUACUGGAUACUCUGGAGCUGGAACUUGCGACACAUGCACCGAUGGCUACUUCAGAAACAGUGACAGCAAUACAUGCGAUAGAUGCUCUACAAAUUGCAAGGUCUGUACUUCCAGUGCUUUCGCUGAUUGUACUAGUUGUCUUUCCGGCUACUUCAAAGAUAGUGAUAGCAGCAGCUGCAAGCAAUGUCCAACAAAGUGCAAUACCUGCACCGAUGCAAGUAACUGCGGUAGCUGCGUGACUGGAUUCGUGGAGCUACCUGCGAGGCUUGCGCUACUGGAUACUCUGGAGCUGGAACUUGCGACUCAUGCACCGAUGGCUACUUCAGAAACAGUGACAGCAAUACCUGCGAAGAUGUUCUACAAAUUGCAAGAUAGUGAUAGCAGCAGCUGCAAGCAAUGCCCAACAAAGUGCACUACCUGCACUGAUGCAAGUAACUGCGGUAGCUGCGUGACUGGAUUCAGUGGAGCUACCUGCGAGGCUUGCGCUACUGGAUACUCUGGAGCUGGAACUUGCGACACAUGCACCGAUGGCUACUUCAGAAACAGUGACAGCAAUACAUGCGAUAGAUGCUCUACAAAUUGCAAGGCCUGUACUUCUAGUGCUUUCGCUGAUUGUACUACUUGCUUUGACGGCUACUUCAAAGACAGUGAGAGCAGCAGCUGCAAGCAAUGCCCAACAAAGUGCAAUACCUGCACCGAUGCAAGUAACUGCGGUAGCUGCGUGACUGGAUUCGAUGGACCUACCUGCGAGGCUUGCGCUACUGGAUACUCUGGAGCUGGAACUUGCGACACAUGCACCGAUGGCUACUUCAGAAACAGUGACAGCAAUACAUGCGAUAGAUGCUCUACAAAUUGCAAGGUCUGUACUUCCAGUGCUUUCGCUGAUUGUACUAGUUGUCUUUCCGGCUACUUCAAAGAUAGUGAUAGCAGCAGCUGCAAGCAAUGCCCAACAAAGUGCAAUACCUGCACCGAUGCAAGUAACUGCGGUAGCUGCGUGACUGGAUUCGAUGGACCUACCUGCGAGGCUUGCGCUACUGGAUACUCUGGAGCUGGAACUUGCGACUCAUGCGCCGAUGGCUACUUCAGAAACAGUGGCAGCAACACCUGCGAGGCAUGCUCUACAAAUUGCAAGGUCUGUACUUCUAGUGCUUUCGCUGAUUGUACUAGUUGUCUUUCCGGCUACUUCAAAGAUAGUGAGAGCAGCAGCUGCAAGAAAUGCCCAACAAAGUGCACUACCUGCACCGAUGCAAGUAACUGCGGUAGCUGCGUGACUGGAUUCAGUGGAGCUACCUGCGAGGCUUGCGCUACUGGAUACUCUGGAGCUGGAACUUGCGACACAUGCACCGAUGGCUACUUCAAAAAGAGUGACAGCAAUACCUGCGAGAAAUGCUCUACAAAUUGCAAGGCCUGUACUUCUAGUGCUUUCGCUGAUUGUACUACUUGCGACGGCUACUUCAAAGACAGUGAGAGCAGCAGCUGCAAGCAAUGCCCAACAAAGUGCAUACCUGCACCGAUGCAAAUGAGACACAGACUACUUCCAAAAUCAUGUUCGAUAGAUACUCGUGUUUCGGUCAUUAGAAGUGCGACACCUGUCAAAACCGUCGGUCAGCCAAUGCCUGACAAGCAAUCUUUGAGGCUAAUACCGAGAUGCGAGGCUUGCGCUACUGGAUACUCUGGAGCUGGAACUUGCGACACAUGCACCGAUGGCUACUUCAGACCCACUGGAAGCAACACCUGCGAGGCAUGCUCUACAAAUUGCAAGGUCUGUACUUCCAGUGCUUUCGCUGAUUGUACUAGUUGUCUUUCCGGCUACUUCAAAGACAGUGAGAGCAGCAGCUGCAAGAAAUGCCCAACAAAGUGCACUACCUGCACUGAUGCAAGUAACUGCGGUAGCUGCGUGACUGGAUUCGAUGGACCUACCUGCGAGGCUUGCGCUACUGGAUACUCUGGAGCUGGAACUUGCGACACAUGCACCGAUGGCUACUUCAAAAAGAGUGACAGCAAUACCUGCGAGAAAUGCUCUACAAAUUGCAAGACCUGUACUUCCAGUGCUUUCGCUGAUUGUACUACUUGUCUUUCCGGCUACUUCAAAGACAGUGAGAGCAGCAGCUGCAAGAAAUGCCCAACAAAGUGCACUACCUGCACCGAUGCAAGUAACUGCGGUAGCUGCGUGACUGGAUUCGAUGGACCUACCUGCGAGGCUUGCGCUACUGGAUACUCUGGAGCUGGAACUUGCGACUCAUGCGCCGACGGCUACUUCAAAAAGAGUGACAGCAAUACCUGCGAGAAAUGCUCUACAAAUUGCAAGACCUGUACUACUAGUACUUUCGCUGAUUGUACUACUUGCCUUGAUGGAUACUUCAAAGACAUUGAUAGCAGCAGCUGCACACAGUGCUCUACGAAUUGCAAGACAUGUACUUCUAGUGCUUUCGCUGAUUGCACUACUUGCCUUGACGGCUACCUCAAAGACAGUGAGAGCAGCAGCUGCACACAGUGCUCUACAAAUUGCAAGACCUGUACUUCCAGUGCUUUCGCUGAUUGUACUACUUGUCUUUCCGGCUACUUCAAAGACAGUGAGAGCAGCAGCUGCAAGAAAUGCCCAACAAAGUGCACUACCUGCACCGAUGCAAGUAACUGCGGUAGCUGCGUGACUGGAUUCGAUGGACCUACCUGCGAGGCUUGCGCUACUGGAUACUCUGGAGCUGGAACUUGCGACACAUGCACCGAUGGCUACUUCAAAAAGAGUGACAGCAAUACCUGCGAGAAAUGCUCUACAAAUUGCAAGACCUGUACUUCCAGUGCUUUCGCUGAUUGUACUACUUGUCUUUCCGGCUACUUCAAAGACAGUGAGAGCAGCAGCUGCAAGAAAUGCCCAACAAAGUGCACUACCUGCACCGAUGCAAGUAACUGCGGUAGCUGCGUGACUGGAUUCGAUGGACCUACCUGCGAGGCUUGCGCCACUGGAUACUCUGGAGCUGGAACUUGCGACACAUGCACCGAUGGCUACUUCAAAAAGAGUGACAGCAAUACCUGCGAGAAAUGCUCUACAAAUUGCAAGACCUGUACUUCCAGUGCUUUCGCUGAUUGUACUACUUGUCUUUCCGGCUACUUCAAAGACAGUGAGAGCAGCAGCUGCAAGAAAUGCCCAACAAAGUGCACUACCUGCACCGAUGCAAGUAACUGCGGUAGCUGCGUGACUGGAUUCGAUGGACCUACCUGCGAGGCUUGCGCUACUGGAUACUCUGGAGCUGGAACUUGCGACACAUGCACCGAUGGCUACUUCAAAAAGAGUGACAGCAAUACCUGCGAGAAAUGCUCUACAAAUUGCAAGACCUGUACUUCCAGUGCUUUCGCUGAUUGUACUACUUGCCUUGAUGGCUACUUCAAAGACAUUGAUAGCAGCAGCUGCACGCAGUGCUCUACAAAUUGCAAGACCUGUACUUCUAGUGCUUUCGCUGAUUGUACUACUUGUCUUUCCGGCUACUUCAAAGACAGUGAGAGCAGCAGCUGCAAGAAAUGCCCAACAAAGUGCACUACCUGCACCGAUGCAAGUAACUGCGGUAGCUGCGUGACUGGAUUCGAUGGACCUACCUGCGAGGCUUGCGCUACUGGAUACUCUGGAGCUGGAACUUGCGACACAUGCACCGAUGGCUACUUCAAAAAGAGUGACAGCAAUACCUGCGAGAAAUGCUCUACAAAUUGCAAGACCUGUACUUCCAGUGCUUUCGCUGAUUGUACUACUUGCCUUGAUGGCUACUUCAAAGACAGUGAGAGCAGCAGCUGCAAGAAAUGCCCAACAAAGUGCACUACCUGCACCGAUGCAAGUAACUGCGGUAGCUGCGUGACUGGAUUCGAUGGACCUACCUGCGAGGCUUGCGCUACUGGAUACUCUGGAGCUGGAACUUGCGACACAUGCACCGAUGGCUACUUCAAAAAGAGUGACAGCAAUACCUGCGAGAAAUGCUCUACAAAUUGCAAGACCUGUACUUCCAGUGCUUUCGCUGAUUGUACUACUUGCCUUGAUGGCUACUUCAAAGACAGUGAGAGCAGCAGCUGCAAGAAAUGCCCAACAAAGUGCACUACCUGCACCGAUGCAAGUAACUGCGGUAGCUGCGUGACUGGAUUCGAUGGACCUACCUGCGAGGCUUGCGCUACUGGAUACUCUGGAGCUGGAACUUGCGACACAUGCACCGAUGGCUACUUCAAAAAGAGUGACAGCAAUACCUGCGAGAAAUGCUCUACAAAUUGCAAGACCUGUACUUCCAGUGCUUUCGCUGAUUGUACUACUUGCCUUGAUGGCUACUUCAAAGACAGUGAGAGCAGCAGCUGCAAGAAAUGCCCAACAAAGUGCACUACCUGCACCGAUGCAAGUAACUGCGGUAGCUGCGUGACUGGAUUCGAUGGACCUACCUGUGAUUCAUGCGCUUCAGGAUAUUCUGGUACUUCAUGCGAUACCUGCACAACCGGCUACUACAAAAAAACUGAAGAUAAUACCUGCCUAAAAUGCUCAACUACUUGCAAGACCUGCUCAAAUGGAAAUACUUGCGACAGCUGCGAAAAUGCUACCCUUGCUAGAUUGGAAAGUGGUCUACUGGCGGUGCAACUGCUUCUUGCUCAUCAUGCCCUUCCAAUUGUCUUACAUGCGAAAGCUUAA